AAUCUCUUCUCUCAUAAUCAAUCAAAACAAAAGUUCCAAGUCUUACCUUACAUAAUAAAAGAACAAAACAAAAUGGCUACUUCUUCUGCUAUGUCUCUCCAGUCCAUCUCUAAGACUUCUCUCAACAAUCUCUCCCAUGAUCACCACUUUCAUCGAAGCUCUUUUCUAGGUUUCUCCAGAUCUUCCCAAAACCUUGGGAUCUCAUCUAACGGUCCAGAUUUCUCCUCCCAAUCAAGAUCUACUCCCAAGUAUCUCUCACCUACUCGGGCUUUCUUCUGGAACUGGGGAAAGACUGAAAACUCCCGACCAAGUAAAGUCCAAGAACUCAACGUGUACGAACUCAAUGAAGGAGACAGAAACAGCCCAGCUGUCCUAAAACUCGGCAAGAAACCAGAGCUCUGUCUCGGCGAUCUCGUACCAUUCACCAACAAACUCUACACCGGCGAUCUCAAAAAGCGCGUGGGAAUCACCGCCGGUCUCUGCGUCUUGAUCCAACACGUCCCGGAGAAGAACGGUGACAGAUUCGAAGCCACUUACAGCUUCUACUUCGGUGACUACGGCCACUUGUCCGUACAAGGACCGUACUUGACUUACGAAGACACGUUCCUCGCCGUCACUGGUGGCUCGGGGAUCUUCGAAGGUGCGUACGGACAAGUCAAGCUUCGUCAGCUUGUGUAUCCGACAAAACUGUUUUACACUUUUUACUUAAAGGGUAUUGCUGAUUUGCCCUUGGAGCUUACCGGGACGGCGGUUACGCCGUCGAAGGAUGUGAAACCUGCGCCGGGAGCCAGGGGCAACCAUUAAAAACUUUACUAAUUAGUUUUGUGUUUUCCUCGUGUUCUUUUAAUAAUUGUUUUUUAAACAAAUUAAAGAUUGUUUGUACCGAAUCUUUUUGGAUGAGUUGUAUGAGUUUAGUUAAUGUUGUUGUGUUGGUGGAAUAAUAUAGUGAGUACUAUUUAUUUAGAUGUGA